CAACAGACUCCUUUGAACAGCAGGAGCCUACCCGCCUGAACUAUAUAAAGCAGCAGAGACGUUGACGAGCAGAUAUUUGCAGGACGAGGACGAUGAGAGCAGCAGCCAUCUCCAUGCCAAGGUUAGACAAAAUGCCAGGAAUGUUCUUCUCGGCUAAUCCAAGGGAAGUGAAAGGAACUGGCCAUUCACUCCUAGACAACAAAACUCAGAAAAAGAGGCCAAAGACUUUUGGAAUGGACGUGAAAACAUACCUGAGAUCUAUGAUCCCACACCUGGAAUCUGGAAUGAAAUCUUCCAAGUCCAAGGACAUACUUUCUGCUGAUGAAGUAAUACAGUGGUCUCAAUCUCUAGAAAAACUUCUUGCAAACCAAACUGGUCAAGAUGUCUUUGGAAAUUUCCUAAAGUCUGAGUUCAGUGAGGAGAAUAUUGAGUUUUGGUUGGCAUGUGAAGACUACAAAAAAACAGAGUCUGAUCUUUUGCAUUAUAAAGCAGAGAAAAUAUAUAAAGCAUUUGUGCACUCCGAUGCCACUAAACAAAUCAAUAUUGACUUUCACACCCGAGAAUCUACAGCCAAGAAGAUUAAAGCACCAACACCCACAUGUUUUGAUGAAGCCCAAAAAGUCAUAUACACUCUUAUGGAAAAGGACUCUUAUCCCAGGUUCCUCAAAUCAAAUAUUUACUUAAACCUUCUAAAUGACCUUCAGGCUAAUAGCCUUAAGUGAUAGGUUCCCGGCUGGAGGGAAUUAAAGAUGGUAUCAAGUACAGAAGGAAUGUACCAGUGUGGCUCCCUGGGUAAAAAACUUUGCCUAUUGGGGUGACUUGGACUGGCCAGAGGAAGAACUAAUGACUCAGAAUGGAUUAA